AUGGCUCCAAGUCUGGCGGAUUUGGAUUCCCCCCUUCGGCAUAAACGGCCGGGUAGAAAUUCACUAGCUGUCACCAAGACUGCUGGUUCAUCUGCGGAACCCAGUGAGCUUGACUUGGGCCAGAGUUGGUGCUCACAUGGAAGUCUGGUAUUGCAAUCAACAACGAAGUCAACCUUUCUGAAGGCUGCAUGGAUUCUCACUCUCCGGUGCUUCCAGCCAGAGGAGUUGAUCAGCAUAAAGUAUGAUGAGGGAUCGACUCUCGAAUCUGGCCCGGGCAAACCGAUGGUCUAUACGGUGCGAGUGAAUCCGGAAUGGAGUGUACGCUCGCUGCUGGAUGCUAUAGAGGCCACAGAAGCCUUCGCAGUGUCGAGUUCCAUACAAUCCUAUGGCGCCCAACUUUCGCAGCUUCCCACUUCCCACCAUGUCUGUACUUCAGCACUCAGAUAUUUGGCCGCGCCAGAAGGAACCCCUGUGCCAUCAAACUCAGAAAGUGAAGGCUUUGAGCUCAUCGUGAUUGAGAACGACAAACAAACACUCGCUACCAUAACCAAGUCGGAAAGAGGCGCCAAAUCUCCCAAUUGGAGUAUGCUGUGGACCUUUCAAACCGUCCUCCAGCAAAUCACAACUCAUCCUGGUAGUUACAAACUCGAAGAAAUUGACUACUGCACGAAAUGGCACUACAAUAGAAUCCAGAACCUGACGUAUACCAGUGGAACUUCGCAUUCUAAAUGUCUACAUGAUUUGAUUGUGGAAAACUGCCAACGGUACCCAACCAGACUUGCAGUUCGCUCAUUCGAUGGAGACUUGACCUACCAGGAGUUGGAUGAUCUCUCUCUCCGACUGGCAAUUCAUCUCGCUCAAUUGGGUGUGCGACCUGAAACAUUUGUCUUGAGUAGCUUUCAGAAAUCAACAUGGGCAAUAGUAGCUCGAUUGGCCAUUUUGCGCGCAGGAGGAGCGUACAUCUCGAUCCACGCCAGCAAUCCACCGGCCUAUCUCAAUUCGGUGAUCCAUCGCACCAAGGCCAAGAUCAUGUUGAGUGAUCCUGUCUUCGCCGAUCACUUCCGCGAUCGUAUUGAGACGGUCAUCGCCGUCACUCCUGAAUCGCUACAAAAGCGUCCGUUGAGAAAUAGACGAACAUCUAUUAUUUCCGCUCAGCCUUCUAAUGCCUGUACGGUUUUGUUCACCUCUGGGAGCACAGGUAGGCCCAAGGCUAUUGUACAAGAGCAUCGGUCCUACGCCUCUGCAAUCAGAGACUACGCGCGGAAUCUGGGGUUGAAUCAAGACACAAGGUUUCUGCAUUUUGAUGAUUACGCUUUUGACAUCAGUAAUCUGGAGUUCCUGGUUCCUCUCAUUGUAGGAGGUUGCUGCUGUGUCCCAGGGCCGAUGAAGACUGUCCAGGAUCUGGCUGACAACAUUCAACUGCUCAACGCCAACAUUGCCUUCUUAACGCCUACCGUUGCCAUAAAAGCAAGCCCCAAAGCUAUGAGCAGUCUCAGGAUCCUAUGUGUCGGUGGAGAACCUCUUCCCAAGGAUCUUCUGAGCAAUUGGGCUGGAAGUUCGACAACCCUCAUCAAUCAAUUUGGUAUGGGUGAAGCAGCGGUCUGUUGUGCCUAUAACGAUGAUGUACAUGAUCCUAAUAGCUCGCCCGCGACUAUUGGAAAGCCAUCAAGCGGUGCCAUUUGGAUCGUCGACCCGAUGAAUCCUGCGAAAUUGAUGCCUAUUGGCGCUGUGGGAGAAAUUGUGAUCGAAGGACCCCAUCUUUCACGGGGCUACCUUGACCAGAAUCACCAAGCAUCGGACCGCACGAAACCAGCUGGCUUUCUUGAAGAGAUACCACCUUGGCUGAGCAAGCUUCAUCCCGAUCGACGGUCCGCCCGCUUAUAUCAAUCAGGAGACCUGGCACGAUGGACCCAUGAUGGGAAGAUCGAGUACAUCGGCCGCAAAGACACUAUUGUUAAGCUUGAUGGAUGCCGAAUUGAUGUGAUUGAAGUCGAGCAUCUUGCUAGGAGAUCUCUAACACCCAAGGAUGCCAUUGUAGUGGACCUUCUCGGCGUCAUUGAUGGCAAAGAUGACCCUUGUCUAGCGGCGUUUCUAUACCUCAGCGACCAUCCAAACAAUUCCGAGACGGCAGAGAUAUCUUUGGAAGACGCAAAAUAUGAUCAAAUGGCUUCCGAAAAGGUGACGCAGAUCAAGAAAAUACUUGCAGAGUCCCUCCCGCUCUACAUGAUCCCGACCUUAUUCUUGUUGGCUACCCGGGUGCCGCGGACACCUUCAAAAAAGACUGACCGCAGAAUGAUUCGAGUCUUGUCGACGAGUUUUUAUGCCCAGGAGCGCAAAAGAAGAAGUAGCGCUUCGUCUAGUAUUGGAGACGCACAGCUUCUUCCUCCGUGA